CGUCUCCUGUGCGCGGUGCAAUUAGGAUGCGCCUUGGUUGCCCCGCUCUGGUUGCCCCGCAACAGCAGGAGGAGCACCGCCGGGGAGCACCGGAGGGAGGGGAGCACCGGCGGGGAGCACCGGGGGGGACCCUCGACCCCCGCCACCAUGGACGGCUUCGACCUGGCCCUGCUCCAGGACUGGGACCUGGACGGCUUGUGUGUCUAUGAACCAGACCGAAGUGUGCUGCGGAAGAGAGAACGAGAAAGGAGGAAUCAGGAGUCUCAGCAGGAUGGUGGCACUUUUAAUACAAGUUAUUCCCUCUUCAGUGAACCGUAUAAGACGAAUAAGGGGGACGAGCUCUCAAAUAGGAUCCAGAACACUCUGGGCAACUAUGACGAGAUGAAAGACCUGCUGACGGACAGAUCCAAUCAGAGCCAUCUCGUCGGAGUUCCCAAGCCGGGGGGUCCUCAGACCCCGGCCGAUAAAGCAGAUGAGGACUUGAUCCCGGCCUCUGGGCCGCAGCCCUUUCUCCGUGGCUCUUCGUCUUCCACAACGGUCGCUGUGCCAGGGCCACCGCUCAAGAAGCCCGUGGCGGGUUGGCAGAAAGCCGGGCCCACGCUUUCCGCCGACCACCAGAAGCCAAACGAGCACGGCCACCGAUUGCUCGAUUCGUGUGCUGUUGACUUGAAAACCGUCCGCCAAAAAAGCGGUGGUGAGACGACUAAAUACUGUCCCACAUCCUCCCGCUCUUCCUCCAAUCCAGCACAACAAGGUCCCCAGCGGGCAGCGCUUGUGGACGGGGCCAGUAGACAACAGCCACCGCGGACCAAGGCCGACUGUAACGUGGAUGCCCGCCCGCGGCCUCCGGAAAGGCCCAUGUCGACCAAGCACGGCAGAAGUGGGAACUUCCCGUCUUCCCUUCCGUCAAAGACCAGCGGGGUCCAGCGGAAGCCAACGGCUUACGUUCGGCCGAUGGAUGGCCAGGAUCAGACUCCAAGUGAGUCUCCCAAACUGAAAUCCUCCGCGGAACCGAGCGUUCACUGUGCCCCAUGCGGAGGAGAGCCUGCUAACAAACCCAACUCAGCCAAGACCAGGCCCAGGUUAGCAAAGUUCAACAUCCCCAAAUACGGGGAGGAUGGUGGAUCCGGAGACAGCAGCUGUGUGAAAGAAAUAUUGCGGGAGACGAGCCAUUCCUGGCCUUCCCCACUCUCCGCCACCCAUUCCCCUGGAACAGCGGCAGCAAGCAAGUUUCCAUUUACAAACAAGGACUCUCAGCAUGUUUCCACCGGACACCUUAUUCAAAAGAAAUGCGACGCUGAGCCAAAGAGUCAAGACCGCAACACCCCAUGCUCAUCAAUGCUAGAAGAUGACCUCAAGUUAAGUAGUGACGACGAGGAGAAUGAGCAGCAGGCAGCACAGAGGUCUACUCUCCGCGUUCUAGCUGACAGCGCCACGGUCCAGCCUCCCAGCCCCAGAGCCUCCCAGCCGCCCGGCGGGGGAGUCAGCAGCGACAGCGGCAGCUCCAGCGACUCGGACAGCAGCUCGGGAUCCGACUCGGAAAGCGAGAGCAGCUCUGGGGAGAGCGAACGCCCCGACCCUCCUCGCUUCUCCAGCCCAGAGCCGGAACAAGCAUCCUCUAACAAGUGGCAGCUGGAUAAGUGGCUGAACAAAGUUAAUUCCCAGAAGCCCCCGGUUCUCCGCCAAAAUGAAGGCCCCGGUCCAGGGAGCGGGCAGUGCUGCGGUAAGUUAAAGGACGACGGGCCAGGGUCUGUCCAAGCUGCCGAGGGCCGGCCGGCCGGCCUCAGAGACGAGGAGAUCAAGACCCCCGGCAAACAGGAGCAGAGGCCUAGGACCGCCAGCAAAGCCCCGGGCGCCAGAGUAGGGAAGCAGAAAUCGCCGCCAGCUCUUGCCACCUCUGCUGCCGCCACCCCCGCCGGCCCGGCUCUCGCUGCGGACGGGGCCGGUGCCCCGCCGAGGAGAUCGGCCUGUAAGAAGCAGGUGGGGAGGACAGAGAGGCCCCCUGCUAGCCAAGGGCUCUUGGACGGCAAUCCCCCCGAGCCCCCGAAGCGCAGAUUCAUCAGCAACCGAACGGCGACGGAGCGGCGGGCCUCCGCGGCCUGGGAGAAACGCCGGCCCCGGGGCCCCGGCCGAACAGCCCCCAAAUCCAAAGAAUUCAUCGAGACAGAAUCCUCGUCCUCCUCGUCGUCGUCCUCCUCGUCCUCGUCCUCGUCUUCCUCCUCCUCCUCGUCCGCCUCCUCGUCCUCGGACACAGACCCGGAGUCGGAGCGGGACGGGUUGCCCGGGCCCCGGGGCGGGGCCGAGCUGGGCCCGGAGCUGGAGGAGCAGUCCUACACCCUGGUUCCUUUCGGGAGGAACGAACUGCUGUCACCGCUGAAGGACGGCGACGACGUCAAGGCGCUCUGGGUCAAAAUCGACCUGGCGCUUCUAGCCAGGGUCCCGGGGGUCUCCCCGAAGGACGGGAGGAUGGAGAGCACCCCCCAGGACGCUCCCCAGAGACCCACCCCCGAUCCACCGGCGGGCAAGGUCUUGCCAAGAUCCAAGCGGAAACGCAAGUGUGAAAACGAAGAGGAAAUCAGGGAGAGUAAGAGGACUCAGGGAGACAAGGCGUGUUCCUUACGACCCAGUGCUCCGGCCAAAAGCCCUUCAUCAGGAAACCAUUGCAGCUUGAACGACAAUAGCUCGGCAGCCUCAAUGAAUAAAAAUGAGAAAACGGCCUGGUCACCCAUCUCACCCCUUUCCGACGCGUCAAAACACCAACACUCCAGCAGUGAUUUAACUUCUCCCAGUAGACCGAAUGGCAACAGUCUAUUAACUUCCAUCUCCUCCAGCCAAAAACCCGGGCCCGAGACCAAGUCGCCAACCCAUCCUGCAGAUUUCCCUAAAGCUGUUCGCCCCAACUCAGAAAAUGUGCUAGUCUGCAGCAAGUCCCAGCCUCCAAUGGAACCGUGGUCACCGUCGCACAACAGCCACAGAGACAAAAGGAAACAAAAGCCAGUCUUCGAUGCUAUGCCACACACUGCAGAUUAUUUUAUGCAAGAAGCUAAACGGAUGAAGCAUAAAGCAGAUGCAAUGGUGGAGAAAUUUGGGAAGGCCCUGAAUUAUGCAGAAGCAGCCCUGUCAUUUAUUGAGUGCGGAAAUGCUAUGGAACAGGGCCCUAUGGAAUCGAAAUCCCCCUAUACGAUGUACUCGGAAACAGUUGAACUCAUCAGGUAUGCCAUGAGACUCAAGACCCACUCCAGCCCCAACGCCACUCCCGAAGACAAACAGCUGGCAGCGUUAUGCUACCGCUGCUUGGCACUCCUCUACUGGCGGAUGUUUCGGCUCAAAAGGGACCAUGCCGUGAAGUAUUCGAAAGCCCUGAUUGACUACUUCAAGAAUUCUUCAAAAGCUCCCCAGGCCCCAUCUCCUUGGGGUGCCAGUGGAAAGAGCACAGGAAUCCCCAGCCCCAUGUCUCCCAGCCCGUCUCCGGUCAGCUCGGUGGGCUCUCAGGGGAGUCUCUCCAGCAGCGGAGCCCCUUCGCCGACGUCCAUCAUCAGCAUCCCCCAGCGCAUCCAUCAGAUGGCCGCCAAUCACGUCAGCAUCACCAACAGCAUCCUGCACAGCUACGACUCCUGGGAGAUGGCCGACAACCUCGCCAAGGAGAACAGAGAGUUCUUUAACGAUCUGGAUUCACUCAUGGGACCUGUCACCUUGCACAGCAGCAUGGAGCACCUGGUGCAGUACACUCAGCAGGGACUGCGCUGGGUCCGGAGCAGGACUCACGUCUCCUAGCGACCGUGGCCUGCUCCCCCGGACUCUUUCAUCUCCCGGCAGGAGGUGGAUUUUUCCAGACACUGUGCUACAGAGAGACUCAGCCCCACCCAGCAUUUAUCCAAAUGGAGGUGAACAUUUCUUCAGCAUUGAACGAUGGUUUUUUUUUUCCCCAAGGUAUGAGUGUAUUUGUAGGUGAGGGUGAGUGGGGGCCCGUGGGUGUCUCUGAGUGAAACCCGAAGCUCUUCAGAAUGUCUGUGCCCCAAGUAGACCCCGCCACUGUAAAAAUAGGCCAGAGUGUUACCAAGUACACCCCCCCACACACAAACACACAUAUGCACACCAUACACGUUUUCUACUUCCACACCCAACCAAGGAUUCCUAGAAAACGCAACCCCAGUCUCCUGGGUUUGGUAAAACUAGUGCAAUAAAGCACACUGAAAGCUUGACUGCCAAUUCAGAUGCUUCUACAGCUUUCACACAUUGACGACUUUCAGGGAUAACGUGCUGUUUGGCCCACGGCUUUCGUGUGGCACUUGGGCGUGGGCAUCCGAACAGUGGCCAUGGUUGAGAGCUGGGUUGAGUGCAGGAUGCUUCUUCGUUGCAACACUUCUCUCCCUUCGUAGUUACACAGAAAGACUGCCACCCAUUCAGAUUUGCCGUUGACUAAAAUUCGGACUAAGCAAAAGUGACCUUUUUUUUUUUCCACUAUCCUUCUUCCCCUGCCAGAUUAACAUGCGAUGCAGAGGAUCUCAAAGAAAUAAAGAUGUUCUACUGCCUUGGAGCCCAGCUUAAAAGAAAACCACUUAGGGAAAUAUUUUACAGAUAUGACGCCACAUACACAUAGUACCAUAUUGUCUACCUUCCGUGGUGCGGGUGUAUAGUAAUGUGUCAUCUGCCUGCCCAUCUUGAAACUGUUCUACGCUGAAUCAGGACUCCCUAUCUGGACCUUUUCCCUUAACCAGAUGGCUAGGUUUGCUGCUAAGUGAGUUAAGAGCUAUUUACAAUCGUAAUCCCCUCUCUCUUCAUGCAUAAUCUACUCCUCCAAGGCUCUAACGUGGCUUGAGCUGGGGGACAUUUUCAUCCUAGUUGACAAGCUGUCUUUUGUGCAGGGGGAAUUAAGCCUGCAAUAACUGGAAUUUGGUUGGGAUCUGCUCAGACCGUUCAGCUCUUCACUAUAGAGGGUAUGCCCACGGCCACUAGCGCUCUGGGAUUUUUGUUCUGAUUUCAUUUUCCCUUCACACUCUUGACACCGUAGAGCAUUCAUUCAAUCGUAUUUAUUGAGUGCUGACUGUACGCAGAGCACUGUACUAAGUGCUCGGAAAGUACAAUUCGGCAACAAAUAGAGAUAAUCCCUACCCAAAAACGGGCAUUUUCCGGUUCUGUGGAAAACAGUUUGCUAUUGGAGAGUUUCAUCAUAUCUCAGCUUGAGUUCCAGGCCUGCUAAAGAUCCAGGAAAUUUUUUGAGGAAAAGCGGCUUUGCGUCAUGUAAAAAUAGCCCUAUUUUGCAGAUAACUCAUCCACUUCCAUGGCUGCGUUUACUCUCUCCCAUUUUUUGUUAGUGAGAGACUCUCAGUGUGUCGUGAGGAUGAGGCGCUCUGUGUCAUGCGAACUACUCCAGGGUGUCAGUACUGGAUGUACGCUGAAAUAUUGGGUGUUCAGCUACCGGUAUAUUUGAGAAGUUUGGUGACCCUGGUUGACUUGAUCUUUGAUUAGGAAAGAAGACGGCCAGUUGGCCUCGUUCUCCAAAUCAUUUGGAAUUUUCUGUCUAAUUUUCUGCCCAUUUUGCCUUUUCCAGCUCCGGUGUAUGUUUUCCAGGCGUUUGAGUAGUGAGAUGAUUUGGGAAGUCUUAUUUCCUAUUCAUUCAACUUUAAGUGCUGCCUUUUUUUCAUGCCCUGCACUGAUUAUGAACAAAUCUUCUUCAGGAUUUCAUUCUUCACUGGAGAUUUGGAGUCUAAUGUAGAGAAUUCUGGUUUACUUGAAGGGCUAUGACUUAGUUCCUCUUAAUCCUGAUGAACUCUGUUGGAAUGUUGGGACUCUUGUGUAGAUAUUGAAUUAUAAAAAUUGCCUUGGCUAUUCAGGAUGAAUGAGAGUCAGUUUGUACUAUGUUCACAUUCCUUGCUCACCCACGGUAUCUGCCAGUCUUGCCCUUUUUCUGUGAAAUUGGGCCCGUUUUGAGACAUUCCAGCUGAUGUACUCAUUAAAUUCAUUAAACUUGGACAUUGUCUUUGGUUAAUUAUGAUAAUAGCCCUACUAUUGGCAACUUGAGGCUCUGCUUUCAAAAGGAUUUCUUGCAGUUGGUCAUUUGGGUGUAUUUCAUAUCACUGGCACUUGUUUCUUUUGUAUAGAACAAUAUGUGCAAUAGUUUCUGUUUAAAAUGUUUCAUUUGGCAACGAUGAUGCUGUGACAAAAGACAUUCUUUCCAACUGUCUCCUCUGAUUGUUUUUUUUAAAUUGUUUACAUCCUGUCCCCCCCACCACCCUCUCUCUAUUGUAACUGUGAGUAUAGUUCCCUUCUCUUUUAGAGACAAAUUCUGUCCUCAGGUCAACUCCUUGAGUUCAACCAGAUUUGCUUUGAUUUGGGGAGAGAUUGCCAUGCUGGAUUCCAAAGAUCAGAUUUCCUGUCAGAGAGAAUCUCUAGAGCUAGGGCCAUUUCCACCUAAGACAACUCAGGGGAAUUGCCCCAGGUCUGGGGCGAUUAUAUAUGCUACAGGGGUCCCAUACUCACCAUUGAACCCCAUUUUCCCAGUACAAGGAGGGACAGCAAAGUCAGAACCGCCCUGAAAGCAACAGGGCCAACAGAUUCCUUCUCCAUACGGCCCCGU